UCAAAACCCAGAAACAGUCUAUACAACUAUACCCACCAUUUCACCUUCCUCCCUCUACCCUAGAACACAACUCUUUUGAAUUGUUCCUUUCUUCAACUAACCAUUUUUUUUCCAUUUCCUCCCAUGAUCCCAAUACCCAAAAUGGGAACACAACCCAACUACUAGUCAUCCUCAAAACUUUUCUUCUAUAUUAAUUCCGUUUUCACUGUUUUUUUUUCCUCUGAAGAUCUCGAAGUUAUUAAGGUUGUUGUGGGAUGGAGCAAGCGAGAUGUUGGGUGUGGCCGAAGCGAAAGCUGGAUUUGAUGGCGCCUUCUCAUCAGAACCAUCAUCAUAACCUUCAUCCCCUCUUUGCCUACUCGGCGAACCCGUCUUCGAACGGCGGUGAUUCGUGGGAGGAGCAGGCGUUUGCGGAGGACGCGGCGGGGGCGCUGGGUGGCUGCGUCUGGCCGCCGCGAUCUUACACGUGCAGCUUCUGCCGGCGAGAGUUCCGGUCCGCGCAAGCCCUCGGAGGUCACAUGAACGUGCACAGGAGAGAUAGGGCUAGGUUGAAGCAAUCCUCACCGUCCGUUGAAGCCGACGGCGGAGGUGUUCCCAACGCUAAUAAUUUACCUAAGUACCCUCCUCCCGCCGCCGGCGGCGGCGGCGGCCAUAACUCCGAUUCAGAUCACUGGAUUAGGGUUUCCAAUAGUGCCCCGGAAAAAUAUAAGAACGAGGGAUUGUCGGCAUGGUCAAACCUUUCGUCGGUGGCGAGUAGGCGGUUUUGUUUAACCUCGGAAGUGAAGAAUAGGGAUAAGAAGGAGUUAAAAGUGUUGUUAGAUUUAACGAAGAGCGCCGCCAUUGAUGAUGAAGCAGAAAACAGCUUGAAAAUCGUGGAUUCCUCUAGUUGUAGGGAUCAUGAAACAAGAAGGCCGACAGACGAGGAUGUUUCAAGCUGCAAGCGAAGGAAAAUGGAUGCCAAUCCUACGAUUGGUUUGUUUCCAAAACCGGGUUUCGGAAUCCUCGCUAAUCCCGUAGAAGAAUUGGAUCUGGAGCUAAGGCUGGGUGAUCCUCCAAAGAAGGCUGAAAAGCUUGUAGGCUUGGGAAUUUGCAGAGUGUAUGUAAGAAUUCAAGAACAGGUUAUUGAGUUGGAUGGAUCUGAUGCAUGCAAGCAUAAGUUUAGUGCUGGAGAGACAGGAAAGGCACAUGGGAGAUCAGAUGUUUUUGUUUGCUAA